UCUAAAGAGAGGCUGUUUACCAGAAGAGCAUAACAAGGGCAGGUCUGACUGCAAGGCUGGGAACGGGAGGUAGAGCCGCCGCCAAGGGGACCCCGGUUGGACCCUGGUUGGUCAGUCACCUGCAGGACGAAGGAGGUGAGGAUGCUGUUGGCCUGGCUGCAAACAAUCCUCGUCGUCAGCAACAUGCUCCUGGCAAAAGCCUAUGGAUCUGGAGGCUGCUUCUGGGACAACGGCCACCUGUACCGGGCUGACCAGCCGUCUCCCGCACCGGGCCUCCUCUGUCUCAACUGGCUGGACGCGCAGAGCGGCCCGGUAUCUGCCCCCGAGUCGGGCGCCGGCAACCAUAGCUACUGCCGGAACCCGGACCAGGACCCACGUGGGCCCUGGUGCUACGUCAGCGGUGAGGCCGGGUCUCCCGAGAAGCGGCCUUGCAAGGACCUGCGCUGCCCAGAGACCACUUUCCAGGGCCUGCCAACCUCUACAACAGAAACCGAGGAGGUGUCUGAAGUGCCAGGAGGAGAUGAGGUGCAGGUGUUUGCUCCUGCCAACACCCUGCCUGCCCAGAGCGAGGCCGCUGCCGUGCAGCCAGUGAUUGGGAUCAGCCAGCGGGUGCGGGUGAACUCCAAGGAGAAAAAGGACCUGGGAACCCUGGGCUACGUGCUGGGCGUUACCAUGAUGGUGAUCAUCAUUGGCAUUGGAGCUGGCAUCGUCCUCGGUUACACCUACAAGAGAUGAUGAAAUGAAGGCCCCAAGAGAAGGGGAGUGGCUGAGGUCACACAAAUAAUACUCACCUUGGCUGGUCAGUAGGAGAGUUCCCUUGGGAACCCAGAUUAAGAUAACGUUGCUUGGUGAGUCAAGUCGUUUUCAGGGCAAAUCAUAACAGCCUCCUAUGAGUUUUACAGCAGUUCCACUGUUUUUGAAAUGCUUUCCCAUCCAUUAUCUUAUUUGGAGGCAGAUAUUAUCCCCAUUUCACAGAUGAAGAAACCAAGGCUCCCCGAGGCCAAGUGUCACACAGCCAAGGCUGGGCUGCUCCAAGUACAGACAACUGGUUUAUUUAAAGACAGUUGUGAGGUACCUGUGCCAGCUUUUCCCUGUCCAGCCCCUGCUGUUUUCUCAGUGUUACUCUCGUCUCUGGACACUUUUGUCAUCGCACCUCACAUGGUGAUGGCUGUGUAAUCCAUCUGAUCUUGGCCGUCUCCCCAGGGAGUCUGAAGCAGGCCUGUGUUGCUGCACCAAGCCAUCCAUUGGCUACUUGUUUCAAGGCCUCUUUGGGGUGGGCUCCUUCCGGAAAGAUUUCCUCUGACAGCUGAGCCCACGUAUCUAGUUGCUGUGUCAGACGAUGCUGACCUGCGUGCUGGGGGCUGGUUCUGGUGUGCAGUGCGCUAGGCACACACCAAGCCCUUUGGCUUGCAGUGGGGGUGGCCUGGUCCCGUGGGGUGGGCAGAACAUGUGCAGCUGGAAGACUGGGUGUGAGUCUCUGCCUCACUAUUUCUUUGGGGGUGACCCUGAUCGGGUCAGAACUUCUGUUGAGCAUCAGCCUGAGUCUGACAGACUUGGGUUUGAGCCCACCAUGUCAUUCAGAGAGUUCAGUUUCUCUGGACUUAUUUCCUCAUCUAUAAAAUGAAUGAUAAGACCCAAUUGUUAGGGUUCCGAAUGAAGUGAGAUAACGCUCGUAAAGCUCUUAGCAUGAAGCGAGCACUUCAUGUGUGUGAAAUGGGGCAAUAUCAGGGCCUGAUUGGGUCACUGAGCACCAUGAGAAUUGGAAGGCGUGUGAAAACUCAGGGUCCCAUGGUCAUUGUCUCCCAUUGACCUGAGCAGCCCUCAGAGUCCUUUUUGGCCCCUGCAUGGUCCCUGUUUCUAGCCAGGGCUCACAGCUUCUGGAAAUUUUGGAUAAGAUGUCUCAGAACAGGAUGGUCAGGUCAGUUUUCUGGACAAUUUUAUAGGUGAGGGCUGAAAAUUCUCUGGGUCUUGUGGCACCUUGGGCUGAAAAAGCAAAACUCCACCUUGCUGUAAGAGUCUCUUUCCUACACAGUAUCUUCAUUGAGCCCCACUGCAGCUGUGUGAGGUUCAUGCAGAUGAGGUUUAGGGGCUCCUUGCUGAGUUAAGGCAGUCUGGCAGAACAGAAAUCUAGGCCAUGAGCCACUGACUGGCUGUGACCAUGGCCAGCCCCUGCCCCUGCUGGGCCUCAAGAUGCCACCUUAGGAGCAGAGCCAUGCAGGAGGCAGAGCCUGAACGCUUCCCUCUUCUCCUGCCAGGGGCAAGGACCUGAAAGAGCAGCAUGAGCGGAAGGUGUGUGAGAGGGAGAUGCAACGAAUCACCCUGCCCUUGUCUGCCUUCACCAACCCCAACUGUGAGAUCGUGGAUGAGAAGACCAUUGUGGUCCACGCCAGCCAGACUCC